AUGUCGAAGGAGUUCACCUACGCUGAUGUUGCGAGCCACGCCUCGAAGAAGGAUCUCUAUGUUGUGAUCCACGACAAGGUGUACGAUUCUACCGCCUUCGUUGAUGAGCACCCAGGUGGAGAGGAGGUCCUACUCGAUGUCGGCGGACAAGACGCAACAGAAGCCUUUGAGGAUGUCGGACACAGUGACGAGGCACGGGAAAUCUUGGCUGAUUUACUCGUCGGAACAUUGAAGCGCCAGGCGGGCGACCCAAAACCCAAGAUCGCACCCGUUGCCAGCACAACAUCAUCAUCGUCUAGUUCAACUGGUCUCGGAGUCGGUCUUUAUGCUGUCGUUCUUAUUGGUGGCGCUGCUGCAUAUUUCGCCUACCAAUAUAUGCAAUCCCAAGAGGCACAGGCAUAG